CUACUUGUAUGACUGUAUGCCGUAGUGAAUAUUUUGUAGCACUUUAAAAUGAGAUGAAACCACUUAUGAUGAUGUGGUUUGGCUUUGUUAAACAUUUGUAGGGAAAUAGAAAUUAUAAUCGAAGACGUCGUUCAAAGGUUCAGUAAAAUAAAAUGACAUACUGAUUUAAUUUUGUAAAUAAAAAGCGUUUAUAAAAUUCAAUAAAUUGUAUGUGAGAGCAAGUGGACAUAUUAUAAUAUAUAUUAUGAAAAAACCUUAGAAUUUGGAUUGUUCCUAAUCAAAAAUAUAUCACCCCCAUGAGAAAAUUAUAGGUCUCAAUGACACAUCUUUUACUAAUCGGCUGGAUCCGCAUGCCCGCAUGGUCAUCGCCGUACUACGACAAAAUGGUAACAAGCUUAAAUACAAUAACUGCGAUGGCGGCAAUGAUAGUGCGGUGGCUGUCUGCCGGCACCCGCAUGACAGGAGUUAAAAUUAAUUUCCAGACUUCCAAUUAAUAGCCAGACAACUAAACGGGUUGGACGUGGGAUGACGCGACGUAAAGCCGUAACAAUAAACAUAUUAAAUAAAAAAAAAAAUCAAGCUUUAGAGCCGCCGUCAUCGUGCGUGCGGAAGCUUAAAAAAAAUGUUAGGUGAUUAUAUAUGUGUGGAUUUUUUUCGUUUUUUUUUCUGUUGUAAGUAUUUAUCAAUUUGACAGAACAGAAACGGAUUGAACGAAUCGUACGAUAUAAGCGAGUGCAAGACCUUGGGACACUAAUAAUAAUUAUUGUUGCUGUCCAAAAUAAUAUUAUAAUAGUACUACAUACGCUGUGAACGACAAUAGUCGCGGCGGCGCUUGCCGGUCCUGAUACAAAUCUUACUUAAAUAUAAUAAUGUAUUAUAUGCCUGGACGGCUGAUAAACGACGACGAGACGUGCUAAUCUCGUCGUGCGCAGACGUUGACGUCUCUGUCCGUACACGUUUUCUACUUUGUAUUUUUGUCAUACCUAUUUAGUUGUUGUACUCUUCGGCGACGCAGUAAAAUGUAUUCACGUGACGUAUAUACGAGUAUCCUCGAAAACGAUCUGCACCGGGUAAUGAGAACAAUAAUAAUAUGUAUUUCGUUGGAGUGGACGUCGGGACGGGAAGUGUUCGGGCGGCGUUAGUCGACGGUACAGGACGAAUUCUAAAAAAAUCUACUAAUGCUAUUCAAACGUGGAAUCCCGAAGAAAAUUUUUAUCAACAAUCGUCCGAAGACAUAUGGCGCAGUUGCUGUAAAGUCGUGCGGGAAGUCACCGAAGGAGUAUCAUCGGAGGCGGUCGGAGGUAUCGGAUUUGAUGCUACGUGUUCUCUAGUAGUCGUGGACAGUGAUGGACUACCAUUAUCAGUAAGCAAAAACGGAGAACGAGAACAAAAUGUAAUACUGUGGAUGGACCAUAGGGCAAAGAAGGAAGCGGAUCUCAUCAACACAACGAAUCAUCGAGUGUUAAAGUAUGUGGGAGGCAAAAUAUCGUUAGAAAUGGAAACGCCGAAAAUUCUUUGGCUAAAAAAUAAUUUACCAAAAAACACGUUUUGGCAAAAAGUGGGUAGGUUCUUCGAUUUACCCGACUUCCUUACUUGGAAAGCCACGGAUGCCGUCUCCAGGUCACUAUGUACGGUUGUCUGCAAAUGGACGUACUGUGCAGAUCAGGCGUUGGGUAGUGGUUGGGAUCGCUCAUAUUUCGAAGAAAUUGGUCUGGACGACUUGAGCCAAAACAAUUGGUCGGCGAUAGGCAACGAAAUAUUUGAGCCAGGACGACCAUGUGGCAGUGGGUUGACCGAUAACGCAGCCCGUGAAAUGGGACUAACCGUUGGAACUCCGGUGGCCACAUCAUUGAUUGAUGCACAUGCCGGAGGACUGGGAAUGAUCGGGAUUGGAUCAAAAAAUCCGACUGAAUUCAAACACCGAUUGGUGAUGAUUGGGGGCACGUCGACAUGUCAUAUGUUACUCAGCGACCAAGAAGUAUUCGUAGACGGUGUCUGGGGGCCAUACUACGGUGCCAUAGUACCGGACCUGUGGCUUCUGGAAGGCGGCCAAUCAGCCACGGGCAAGCUGAUCGAUCACGUGAUCAACACUCAUCCGGCCGCCAAACAUCUGAACGUCACGGAAGACGUGAGAGCGGAAGACUACCUGAACGGGUUACUCGUGAAAAUGGCUGCAGACAGAGGUUUGGAUGCAAUCGAUAGGUUAACCGAAGAGUUUCACGUAUAUCCUGAUUUUCACGGCAACCGAUCGCCCGUAGCGGAUCCUACGCUUAAAGGAAUGGUGGUCGGGUUGACGCUAUCCGUGGACCAAGAGAACUUGGCACUUAUAUAUCUGGCAACGAUACAGGCGCUGUGUUACGGGACCAGGCACAUCAUAGGAUCGAUGGAGAAAAAGAGCGGAGGAUCGUUAAACGUGCAAGAGAUCCUCGUGUGCGGCGGACUCUGCCGAAACCGGACGUUUUUACAGUGUCAGGCUAACGUCGCCGCGCUACCAGUACGUACUUCCACGGAAGACGACUCCGUCCUGAUCGGUUCAGCCAUGUUGGCCGCAGCCGCGUGGACGUCGUCCAAAUCAUCGGCUGAACUCCGCCCGUGGUCUUCAUCACUCGGGGACGCCAUUACGGCAAUGGCCAGCGACGCGCGCACUCUACACCCUUCGUUGGAUUUGCAGGAAUAUCAUAGAAGAAAGUAUGGGGUUUAUUUGGAAAUGCUAAAACAUCAGAAUAUGUACAAGAAUAUUAUGUCAAGAAACCCAUGAGAAUAAGUAUAUUUUAAGUAAAAUAAUAAAUAAUAUAAACAUUUUAUAAUCAGACAUUUGUUUAAAUAUAAAUAAAUGUUUAAUAAUUUUAAAAAAAUCACAAUAAAACAUUUGAAUUAAAUACAACACAA